AAGAAAGGCCUGAUUUUUUGAGUUAGAAAGAGCGAGAAACACUUUUUAUGAUCAUCAUCCCUGUUUGGGUGUUGAUUUUUCUUGAGUUCUGAGAGCUUUGAGGUGGGUGAAAGAUGGCGACUUCUGAUGAAAAGGCAGUGCACGAUCAAGAUGAGUUCAUCUCUUUGGAGCUUCCCGCACCCUCUUCCUGGAAGAAACUGUACAUACCAACUGAAGGAGGGAGGGUCCUAUUUGUUGCACCAACAGGAGAGGAGAUCAACAACAAGAGACAGUUAAAUCAGUAUCUGAAAUCUCACCCUGGCAACCCUGCAUCAUCUGAGUUUGAUUGGGGUACUGGGGAAACUCCUAGGAGGUCAACAAGGAUCAUUGAAAAGAGCAAGUCAAGACCAUCAUUGACUUCAGAGAUUGAGACGCACAAGAAACGGCGCCGGACUUCCUCUGGGAGAAAGAAGGACAUCAAGGACACAGAGGAAGAAGUAGGAGGGAAAGAUGUCGAAGCUGCAAAAGAAGAAACCAAUGUUGAUGGAAAGAGAGAAGUAAACUCCGCUAAGGAGGAAGUGGUGGACAACAAAGAAGAUGAAAUACCAAAAGAGGAGUCCAUUGAGUCCAAGGAAUCAUCCCAGUUCGAAGCAGGCCCUAAAGACGACGAGGAUAGAAAAACAAAAGAGGUUAGUCCGGGCAAAGAAGCAAUGGCUGGAGAUGAAAAUCAGUCAGAGGUGGCCAAGUUGGAGGAAAAUGGUAUCAGCCAAGACGAAACCAAGGAGGGAACUGCUGAGGCUAAAAAUGAGGGAACUGCUGAGGCUAAAUAUGUGGAGGCACACCAAUUAUUACCAAGCAAGGAGUUUCCAGUUGAAACUAAAGAAUGCCAUGAACGUGAAAAAGAAGAGGAUACUGAAAAUAAUGAUAAUGAGAAGAAAGAACCAGUGAUAGAAAAUAGUGUUGUAGUUAGUCAGGCUGGGUUCACAAAUGCCCCCUCUCCUGCUCCUAUUAGCUGCUGAUUGAAAGGGUUUACCUCUCAUCUUAUGUGUCUUUGUACCACUGUCUUCCAUCUUUUUGGAUGACUGUAUGUAAUUACUGAGUGUCAUAGAUGUGUAGUUUUCAGGAUUCAUGUUUCUCAGUAUAUGGAUGACUGUGAUGUUUUUAUUUUCGUGAUAGGCUGACUUGUGUUUCGACACGUGUAUCAACUCUUGUAGUAGUUUUACUUGUCACUAAUAAUGGACAUAAGCAGUCUCUUAAAAUGUCUCAAA